UCGCGAUAUCUUGUCCGCACCAACAUGAAGCUGGUGUGCUAAAUGGCUUGAAGUUAUUCAGUUACCAAGUUUAUUCAAGAAGAGUUAUGCACAUCACAACAAAAGCUACAGGGUAUGCAGUUUCCACUUUUCAUCCGGAAAUUAUACUAAUGGAAACUCAGAUUCUAGACUUCUCCAUGCUUGCCCAGACCAAAACCUUAGCUAACUGUGUGAGUCAGUGUCAGUUGUGCCAUCAAAUGAUUCAGCAGAAAAAUCUGACAUUAAAAUAUUUUAUGAAGAAGUUCGAGUCUGAAGUAGCAACUCUAAGAUACAAAAAUGGUCUCACUCUACGUGAAGCCAGACAGGAAGCACGCGAAAAGGUUUCUCCCAUACUCCCUACUCUUGUGGCAGCAACCACCUUAGAAAUUGCAGGGGGGACUUCAAAAUUUCUGGGGAGACUCGGGCAGUCAGAAACUCGUUGA